AUGGAAGUGAAUUUUAAAGUGAAUGGACGUGAAUGUAAGAUCUUAGCUGGAGAAAUAUCUCCAGACACAUCCCUCAACACUUACCUGAGGACUCAUCUGUGUCUCACGGGAACGAAAUUCAUGUGUCAAGAAGGUGGCUGUGGAUGCUGCAAUGUAGCGAUCCAGGGAGUUCAUCCAGUGAGCAAGGAACAGUUCACUUUGGCCAUUAAUUCGUGCCUCUUCCUCGUGUAUUCCUGUCACGAUCUCAGCAUAACUACCAUCGAAGGACUGGGGAAUAAGAAGACAGGUUACCAUUCAAUGCAGCAGCGCUUGGCACAUUUUGAUGGUAGUCAGUGUGGCUUCUGUUCUCCGGGAUUCAUCAUGAAUAUGUUUAGCCUUUACAUUGGAAAAUACGGAAGUGUGACUGCAGAGGAAAUUGAAGACUGUUUUGGUGGAAACAUUUGCCGAUGCACGGGAUACCGCCCUAUCUUAGAUGCUUUCAAGUCCUUUGCGACUGAUGGAACGCAGGAUCUAAAAGAUCUCUGCGGGGACAUUGAGGAUCUUUCUUUGCAAAAAUGUCCCAAAAGUGGAAAGAUUUGUGCUGGAAAAUGUCGUAGUUCUUUGCAUAUCAAACCUGAUGACAAUGCCACUUGGCACAAGGUCUAUACUUUGGGUGAAGUUUUGCAGAUCCUAAGCAGUGUUGGAUCUCAAAAGUAUAGAUUAGUGGCAGGGAAUACUGCCCAUGGUGUUUACAGGAUGCCCUAUGAUAUUGAAGUUUUUAUAGAUGUGUCAUCAGUGACUGAACUAAGGGAUCAUACAAUUGGGAAUACUAUAGUCUUGGGCGGAAAUGUUACAAUCACAGAGUGGAUGGCAAUUCUUUUGGAAGCUUCUGAUCAAAGGUCCGGGUUCAGUUAUUGA